AUGGGACGUCUUGCCAACUCCUCCCCCACCCCUCCAGCCAUUCAAGGCAUCGAAGAAGACGUUAGAUCCAAUUUCCGAGGACUCGGCAUCGAACAGAUCACCAUGGACAAUGCCCAGGUGUCUAGCCACGUGGCAAUGGUACAGUACACCGAGCGACGAGAUGCAUUAUGGGGACGAAUCGAGGCGAAUAAGGAUGUGGAUCCACAGAUGACGGGUCCAUUUUGGCAGGAGGAAUUCCACGAUGCAUUUGCGAGAAUUGCCACUGGAGAGAGGAUGAUAGAGAGGUGCCGAGAGGUUCAGAGGAUGCAUUGGCUUCAUAUGGAAGGACGGAUUGAGGAGUCGAUGAGGAUUCGUGAGGCGAUUCAGGAGAGAAUGGCUGGAAGACGUCAAGGUGUUGAAGACGAGAUGGAGGAUUCUGACGUCAGCGAUGAUUCGGACGAUGAAGACCUGGAAGCUAGGGAUUCCGAAGAUUCCGACAAUGAAGAUCUGGAGGAUUCGGAUGGUUCCAGCGAUCCAGAAGAUUUCGAAGGCGAUGACAGCGACGUGGAUGAUUAUGAGAUAGUUCUGAAUCCAGAAGCGGACCAUGAAGACGUUGGGGACUAUGGGAUGGUUCAAUACAAUGAAAAUGAGCAAUCUUCGGAAUUUGAAUACGUUGUCGAGGACCUGGACGAUUAUGAGAUGCUUGAGUACAACGAAAAUGAUCAAGAGGAGGACUUUGAGAAUCCAGAAUUCGAGUAUGAGCAAUUGGAGCACGAGCAGUUUGAGAUUGUGUAUUACGGCGAGCAGAUGGAGAAGAGUGACGAUGAAGAGAUUGAUGUUGUUAAUUGA